AAGAAAAUGUCGGUUUUCACCGUUAAAGUCGAGGAUUCGAGGGCGGCUGCCGGAGAAACACCGUCAGCAGGGCCGGUUUACAGGUGCAUUUACGCCAAAGAUGGUCUUAUGGAGUUGCCUCCCGGUUAUGAUUCUCCAUGGGACUUUUUCAGCGAAUCUGUUAAAAGAAACCCAAAGAACCCUGCACUUGGUCGUCGUCAAAUCAUCGAUGGAAAGGCUGGUGGUUAUUCAUGGAUGUCAUAUCAAGAUGCCUUCAAUUCUGCCAUACACAUUGCUUCCGCCAUCCGAACACGAUCUGUUAAUCCUGGAGAUCGGUGCGGCAUAUAUGGAUCUAACUGUCCUGAAUGGAUAAUUUCAAUGGAGGCUUGUAACAGCAAUGGCAUUACCUAUGUGCCUCUAUAUGAUACACUUGGUGCUAAUGCAGUUGAGUACAUCAUCAACCAUGCAGAAAUUUCUUUAGUUUUUGUUCAAGAGAGCAAGUUACCUGCUAUAUUAUCAUGUGUUCCAAAUUGUUCGUCGAAUCUAAAAACUAUUGUCAGCUUUGGGAAGUUAUCUGAAUCACAAAAGAAGGAAGCCAUGGAACUAGGUGUUGAUUGCUUCUCUUGGGAAGAAUUUGCUUCCAUGGGAAGUUUGGAAGAUGAACUGCCUGCAAAACAUAAGACUGACAUUUGCACCAUAAUGUAUACAAGUGGAACAACCGGAGAACCAAAGGGUGUCAUACUAAGCAACGGUGCUUUCAUGUCUGAAGUCUUGUCGAUGCAUCAACUACUCGUAGAAACAGAUAAACCGGGCACAGAAGAUGAUUCUUACUUCUCUUUUCUUCCAUUAGCACAUAUAUUCGAUCAGAUAAUUGAAACAUAUUGCAUCUACAGAGGUUCCUCCAUAGGAUUUUGGCAAGGAGAUAUCAGAUAUCUGAUUGAGGACCUUCUUGUGUUGAAGCCAACCAUAUUUUGUGGUGUUCCAAGAGUGUAUGACCGUAUUUAUACCGGCAUAAUGGCCAAAAUUUCGAGUGGAGGUGCUGUAAGGAAGGCGUUAUUCGACUAUGCAUACUACUACAAAUUAAGGAAUCUUGAAAAGGGAAUACAGCAAGACAAAUCAGCCCCUCUUUUGGACAAAUUGGUCUUUGAUAAGAUCAAACAAGGGUUCGGAGGAAGGGUUCGCCUUAUGUUAUCUGGAGCGGCACCUUUGCCAAAGCACGUAGAGGAGUUUUUGAGAGUUACAUGUUGUACUGUCCUCUCGCAAGGAUAUGGUCUUACUGAGAGUUGUGGUGGAUGUUUCACGUCCAUAGCGAAUGUGUACUCUAUGAUCGGAACUGUUGGUGUCCCUAUGACAACCAUUGAGGCAAGGCUGGAGUCGGUGCCAGAGAUGGGAUAUGAUGCACUCGGCAGUGUUCCACGUGGCGAGAUUUGUCUGAGGGGAACCACAUUAUUUUCUGGGUAUCAUAAGCGAGAGGAUCUUUCUAACGCUGUACUUGUGGAUGGCUGGUUCCAUACAGGUGACAUCGGGGAAUGGCAGCCCGAUGGAGCAAUGAAGAUCAUUGACAGGAAAAAGAACAUAUUCAAGUUAUCCCAAGGAGAAUAUGUCGCAGUUGAAAACAUUGAAAGCACCUAUGCACGGUGCCCAUUGGUGACCUCGAUCUGGGUGUAUGGCAAUAGUUUCGAAUCUUUCCUUGUUGCGGUUGUGGUGCCCGAUAUAACGGUGAUUGAAGAAUGGGCAGUGAAGAACAAUGAAUCAGGAGACUAUGAAUCAUUGUGCAAGAACUCAAAUGCUAGAAAAUAUGUUCUAGAUGAGCUUAAUUCUGAAGCUCAAAAAAACAAACUUCGCGGUUUCGAGACGCUGAAAGCCGUUCAUCUGGAGCCAGUUCCAUUUGAUUUUGAAAGGGAUUUGAUAACUCCAACCUUUAAACUCAAAAGGCAGCAGCUGCUAAAAUACUAUAAGAAUUGUGUCGAUCAACUGUAUAAUGAAGCAAAAACAACGAAGAAAUGAAGAUCGGAUUUGUUGUGUAAAGUAAAUUCAUAGUUUAGUACUGGAUCGGAUGUGUCACGUUCCACAAAUCGCAAUAUUUAUUCAAAGAGUGCAAUCUAUGGUUUGUAAUAUCGGAUUAUUGAACCCGUGCCGU